GUCUUGUAUAAACAGGCUUUGCUCGAUUUGUCAAUUGCUUAGAUAGCGCAGCUGGGAAAUAUGAAGAAGAUUUGCUGUUGGUUUCUUUUCUUUGUCUUUGUGACGGCGUCGAGUGAUCUAAAUGGCUCUAGCCCUGCUACUUAUCCUGUCGGCGACAUUAGGAAUUGUCCCAGCACACAGCCGGGGAGGAACGAACCCCUCCUUCGCAUGGAGGCACUGCCUGGUCAAGGAUUUGACAACCUCAGGAAUCACGAGAUGAGUUCAAUCGCUAAGAGGUCUUACACCCAAUGUAAAGUCACCAAUGAUGGGCAAUAUCUCGUUCCAGAUGAUUUUCUCGUUAUUCCUCUCCAGAGGGCCCGGGUGGAUACGCUUGCUUCUUUCUUUGCACAUUGGGACGACUACACUUCAAUGGAUUCUUUUUCCAUCAAUGUUCAAGCCAGUGCCUUUUCACUGAUCAGUGGCAAGUUUGGUUUUGAGUAUCAAACAGUCAAAGAGCAUCAGUACAAUAGCUUAUCACAGACCACUAGAACACAGAUUCGUGCUGAUCGCUACAAGCUCGUCCUUCAGCCUGGCUUUCAAUUAGACACCAGAUUUAAGACCCGUCUACUUGAUAUUGCAGCUAACAUACAGAGCAACAACACAUUCUAUGCCGGCUACUUGUCUGACGUGCUUGUCAGGGAUUAUGGUACUCAUAUCGUUAAAUCAGUUAAAGCUGGUGGGCUUGCUGCACAGAUUGACUCCAUCAAAAAAUCUUACGUACUAGAUAAAGAUUCUGAUUUGAUAUCAAUUACUGCUGCAGCCUCUGGCUCAUUUUAUAGUGGUAUGUUUUCUGUCGGUGUUUCAACAGCUUUCUCUCACUCCAAUGCCGACACUACAGCAUACGAAACUGCUGUGACACAUUCUCAAAUUUUUUCUAUUGGAGGUCCCAUACUUCAUCCUAAUAUGACACUUGACGAGUGGGCUGAAGGUCUCCCAGAUAAUCUUGUUGCUAUCGAUAGAGAAGGGGAACCUCUUCAUUAUGCCUUGACCCCUGAAAGUCUUCCUGAACUGCCUAGUCCUACGCUUAGAGAACUGGUUGAUUACGUCUACUAUGCCGUUAAUCGAUAUUACAGUGUUAAUACUCACUACGGCUGCACAGAUCCCAGCUCGCCAAACUUUGAAUAUGAAGCAAAUCUUAACGACGGAUCCUGUGAUCAACCUCUCACAAAUUACAGCUUUGGUGGCGUCUAUCAAACAUGCCAGGUAGAACCUGGUCUUGAUUAUCAAGAUCUCUGUGCUAAGGGUGGAGCUCAACGUAAUCCGCUAACAGGAAACUUCUCAUGCCCAGCUGGCUAUACUGCUAUAGAGCUGCACAAUGGAACGAUAACUGGUGUCAGUAAGAAAUCUAUAUGCCACAAUGUCUGUCAUCACUGCCAUCUCUUUGGUUGGGGCAGGUGCUGUCAGUGCAUGCAGGCAACUAUCAAUGUGAUGAGUGCUGCUAACUAUCAGGCCUAUUGGUGUGUGGCUGAAGGCGAAGUUGAGAGCAGUCAUGGAUUCAUGUUUGGAGGCAUUUAUACAGCAAAGAGCAUCAACCCGGUCACAAAAUCAAUGUCUUGCCCCAAUCAUUUCUAUGCAGUACGUCUUGGGGAAAACAUGGAAGUUUGUUUAAGCACCGAGUAUGAGUUAGGUGCUGCUUAUGCUGUUCCCUUUGGAGGCUUCAUAAGCUGUCAGUCAGGAAAUCCCCUAGCUGUGUCUCUUGCAAUGCGUGAAAGUGGUCACCUGACUCCUGCUAAUGCUCCUAAACGCUGCCCAAAGUUAUACAAGAGAGUUCUAGCAACAGUUGAUGAGCAAUGUGAGAUAAGUUAUUGUGCAAAGAUCAGGAGUCAGUUUUCCAUCACUCUACCUCUUCUGCCUCCUUAUCGCUCCAAGUCUAUACUCAAGAAGAACCUCACCCAAAGUCUUGUUAUUCAAGGAGCAUACGGUGAGUUCUGGAUCAAGGAGGAAUCCGGUGAAUGGGUGAAGGAUGACUCUCAGUCUAUCACUGGUAAGGAGCUCCUUCAACAGCUGCAAGCAUCAGGAGCGAUCGUUGAUCCUUCUGGUAACUUCACUUCAGACAGCAGCAGUGGCUCAUCUACAGUGUCUAUAGUUGUAUCUGUUUCAGUGACAGUUGUUGUAUGUACAGUAGUAGCUCUUGCUGUAUUUGGUGCAUAUGGGCUCUGGAAGAAAAGGAAGCAGAGAAGAGGACGGGGUUUUACUGUUCGUGGUGGUGGGAAGAGUAAUUAUGUGGAAAUUGAGAAUGAUGAUGCUACUCAAGGCAUAGGAGGCUCUUCCCCAUCUCCAAGGAAUGCAAGGAGCCUUGUUAGCAGUUACACUGGUAUCAAUGAUGGAGAUGCUAGGGAUGAAUCCGUUGCUUUACAAGAUGAUGUGUGAUAUGUGACUGGAAAUACUGAUUCAGUGUAUUGUACUACAGUAGUGUAGAGUUGUGUGUUCAUUGUUCACAUUUUUAUUGCCGUUUUAUAUCCUUUUUAACGUAUCCUUUGUUAUUGUUAAAGAAAA